ACACAAGGCCCAUGUGGUGAAACUGGUUCUGCAGCGUUGGAGGUCGGCAGUUGCGCUGAACCAUUCCAACCGGCAGCAUGGCGGACAGCUUCGAGGAAGCCGAUCAGCUGUUCGCGGACUGCAAGUUUCGCGAGUCGUACGACCUGCUGAGCAGGAAGCACAGUGCGGAUGCGGGAUACGGCACGCUGUGGCGGCUGUGCCGCGUGAUCUACUCGAUAACGCGUGAGCUUGCGCUCGAUGAGAAGAAAUCCAAAGAGCUGGAGGCGUUCAUAUACGAAGGGUUUGGCUACGCUAAGCAAGGACUUGCCCUGCAACCGGACACGGCUUCGGCCCACAAAUACUACGCAAUCUUUCUCGCGGAAAAGUCCGGCAUCGAAGGGCUGAAGGAGCGGGUCCUGCAGCUGAGCACGAUAUUGCGCCAUCUGCGGCAGGCAACCGAGCUGGACGCAGGUGAUCCGUUCGCGUGGUUUGUGCUGGGUCGGUUCUAUCACAAGCUGGCAGGGUUGGCCUGGUUUCAGAAGAAGAUGAUACACACUUUUACAAACGACAUACCGGAUGCGACGUACGCGGAUGCGCUGGAGUAUUUUGUGCGUGCGGAAAACACACAGCCGAACUUUUUCCCAUUAAAUCAUCUGAUGCUGGGCGAGACGUACAUUGCGUUGAAGGACCCGGAAAAGGCGCGCCCUUUCUUAGAACUGGCUGCAAAUCAACGUGAACCGCGUACGGCCGACGAUCGGGAAGCUCAAAGAGAAGCGAGGGCACUGCUUAGGAAGCUCUAG